AUGUCGCUCAGUUGGUCGGCCAAAGAGCACAAAACCAUGAACCAGCCAGCCGUCACCGGACUCAAGCGGCCGCGUAACGACGUGGGGAACCAAGUGACUGUUGUGCUGGGUGCGCAGUGGGGCGACGAGGGCAAAGGGAAAGUGGUCGACCUGCUCGCCACUGAAGCGGACGUUGUCUGCAGAUGUCAGGGGGGUAACAAUGCAGGGCAUACGGUGGUAGUGGAUGGCAAAGAGUAUGACUUCCACCUUCUCCCCAGUGGAAUCAUAAAUCCCAGAAGCAUUUCACUCAUUGGGAACGGUGUGGUCAUCCAUUUACCUGGCCUGUUUGAAGAGGGGGAUAAAAAUGAGAGGAAAGGGUUGAAAGGCUGGGAGAAGAGACUAAUUGUUUCAGAUAGAGCUCACCUUGUGUUUGAUUUUCACCAGGUUGUCGAUGGAUUACAGGAAACCGAAAGGCAGGCACAAGAGGGAAAAAAUAUUGGAACAACCAAGAAGGGAAUUGGACCUGCAUACUCUAGUAAAGCGUCUCGCACGGGUCUUCGUGUAUGUGACCUUCUUGGUGACUUUAAGGACUUCUCCAGCAAAUUCAAGAACCUUGUACGCCAGUAUCAAUCCAUGUAUCCGACCUUGACUGUCGAUGUUGAGGACCAACUGAAAAAGCUCAAGGAGUAUGGUGAAAGGUUGCGGCCUAUGGUCAGAGAUGGAGUCUAUUACAUGUAUGAGGCCCUUCAUGGAUCGUCAAAGAAAAUUCUGGUUGAAGGGGCCAACGCUGCUCUCCUUGAUAUUGAUUUUGGUACAUAUCCCUUUGUGACAUCAUCAAACUGCACUGUGGGCGGGGCAUGUACUGGACUUGGCAUCCCCCCGCUCAAUAUUGGUGAUGUGUUUGGUGUAGCAAAGGCCUACACUACUCGCGUGGGAAUUGGAGCCUUCCCCACUGAACAACUCAAUGCAGUCGGAGAACUGCUGCAGACAAGGGGUCAUGAGGUUGGUGUGACCACAGGGAGGAAACGACGUUGCGGCUGGUUGGAUCUUGUCAUAGUCAGAUACGCGCACAUGAUCAAUGGCUUCACAGCCAUCGCUUUGACGAAACUUGACAUUCUUGAUGUUUUGGACGAAAUUAAAGUAGGCAUUGCUUACAAACUUAACGGAAAAAGAAUCCCACAUUUUCCAGCCAACAUGGAUGUUUUGCAUAAUGUGGAGGUUGAGUAUGAGACCUUCCCUGGGUGGAAGACAGACACCUCUGCAGCCCGUAAAUGGGGUGACCUCCCAGUUAAAGCGCAAAACUAUAUCCGCUUCAUUGAGAACCACAUUGGCGUUCCCAUCAAGUGGGUCGGUGUUGGAAAGUCCAGGGAGUGCAUGAUCCAGAUGUUUUAG